ACAAGUCAAUUCGACAACAAUUAACCAUGAAGAUCAUCACAGAAGAAGAAAAGUACGAACAUCAAAAACAUAUUUUAAUUGAAGGUUUGAAAGGGUGUGCUAUUGGUGCUGCCGUAGGGUUUGGUAUUGUUAAAUAUAUGAAAACAAAACAACCAUUACAAUAUGCUAAAUUCAAUUCAUCCGUUAGAGCCGCCAUUUACGCCAUGCCUGCCAUUACUAUUGGUGCUUUCUAUGCUGAUCAAGGUUCAGUUGAUUUCGAUGAAGAUAAGUACCGUUCUGAUUACUUGAAGAAACAAGAAGCCGCUGCUUUGGAAAGAUAUAAUAAAUUAUCCCCAUCUGAUAAAUUCUUGCAUAAAUUGAAUGAAAACAAAUAUUCCUUGAUUAUUUCUACCUGGGCUGCUUCAUUAUAUGGAUCUUGGACUCUUGUCAACCGUGAUAAAUAUAUGACUAAAGCUCAAAAGAUUGUCCAAGCCAGAGUUUACGCCCAAGCCCUUACUGUUGUAUUGUUAUUGGGUACCAUUUUAUUGAGUGUACAUGAAGCUGAAUUAAAGAAGAAGGAACCAGCUCCUGUUCCAGAAUGGAAGAGAUAUUUAGAUGAACAAGAAUCCCUUAAGGAGGAACACAAGGCAUAAUUUUAGUUUUUUUAAUAUUUAUUUAUUCUGGGGUAUAUAGAUGAAUUUACGAUUAAUAGUUU